AGUAAAUUAUCAAAUGCAGAAUAGAAUUAUUUAGAAAUUAUCAGUGUAGCUUGUAAUUAAUAUCUUUAACUAGUCAAUUAAUCAAUUAAUCUCAAUUGCAGUUCUAGGAGGGAACCCUCAUCAGCGGUGAACAGAGGUCUGAGUAACAUGUGGGCCUACAGGACUGAUCCAGUGGUCGAAAACCAGCCAACAAGCCAGCCAACAAUGGAUGCGGCUGUAGACACCAGAUUGAACUCAGGAGAAGAUGCCGUGAUUGAGCAAAACGCAAUACAGCAUGAUCCGGACAGUGUGUGCCCGGAACAUUUUGGUACUUUUGACAGUAAUAUGACAUUGUACUCUGGCUUCGAUGAUGGCGCCCAUAUCUCGCAAAGGCCUCUUGUUCCAUCCCAGACCAACAAUGAUACCUUGACUCCAAACAUUUCAGCAGCUUGUCCAAGCGGGUUCGCAGAUGGAGUAGCAUCAUGCCAAUCUAUGGAUGACUCCUGCCACGAUGUUCUUACCAGACAAGCAACAGCUCUUGUAUUGACUGCAAGAGAGAAACAUCGUCUUUCACAGAGUGGUGUGAAUGAUGUCGUUGCAGCAUUACAACAGUAUCAGGCAUCGUUGGUCAAUAAUCUGAGAAGUCAGGUACAAAAGGUUUUCCAGCAGCAUCAUGGAAGUGGACUUGAAAAAGAUGUUUUGGCAGUGUUUGACCAGAUUGAGGAUCCAUUUGCCUCUGUUUCAACAACAUACAGGCAGGAUGAUGUGAUAAAGAGAAAUUUCAAUUUUGUGGAAUCUGAGGAGGUUUGUGUUGGGUAUACUGCUGUCAUGGUAAAAAAAAAGGGAAAAAAAGAUUCCUCACUACUGUGCCCAGAUGUUUUCAUUAUGUUCCGCUUGUCAAAAGUUUGGAGCAGUUAUUGUCCCAUCCAAGAGUUUUGGCAUUGA